CGGUCUCAUUCCUCCCUAGACCAUUGUCGGGUGCUGGAGGGAAUGUGUGAGGUGUUCAAAACUCCUACACUCACCCAAAAAUAAUACUAAUAUUGUAUUUUGUGAACAAGAAUGAGGCUUAUGUCAACAAAAUACGGGACGAUUUGAUCUACAGGAGGAAAAUACUAAUUGGACGUUAUUUAUUAACGCAUUUCUUAGCCGCUGGCUUUGAGGAGAAUCCUGAGACGAAAUCAAAGGCGAACUUUCUACCUCUGUGAACUUAACCAUACUGAUUCCAGCCAUGGAAUACAAAGUGGAAGCCCAUCGGAUUAUGAGUAUUUCCUUAGGGAAAAUCUACAACUCGCGCGUUCAACGGGGCGGCAUUAAACUGCAUAAAAACCUCCUAGUUUCGCUGGUCCUUCGCAGCGCGCGUCAGGUCUAUCUGAGCGACUACUACAGCGGCGCGUGUCUGAAUGCUGCUCAGAGCCAGCGCGAAGGGAACGAAUGGGAGGAGAAAUUCCCGCCCUCCACAACCGAAUGUGACCGAGUACAGAGCCCAGAGGAACCUCAACAAGACGCGCUGCCCGAGAAAGAGCGGGAAUAUCGCGAAAACGACGAUGCGGUGAAAUCAGACCAGGUGGAUUGUACUUCCACUUUACAACAGGAGCAAAACCAAAACUCUUCGCUGGACUCUGUCACAUAUGUUUCCUCUGAAACACGGCCGGAAACCAUUAUCGUGCCCAAGGAGAGUCCCUCGGACAGUACAGAAGAAGCAGAACGCGACUCGACGCCAGAAGCGAACGGGGAAUCACAUCAACCACCCGAAAAGCAUGUUUGUUCAAACAGGAAAAGAAGCGCGGAUGAGACAGAAAGUGGCGAUUCGUCUAAAAAAAGGGUCAAAGUUGGUUCCUCAAACGCUAAAGAGGACGAGGAAGCCGAAGAGAUGGACACGAGUAACGUGUCCAACCUCAUUACGAUAUUUGGUUCCGGUUUCUCAGGACUUCUCAGCAAAGACGGCGCUAAAGCCGAGUCUGAAGCAGAGGAUAGUGGACAAAUCUGCUGCGACCAAAUGCUGAAGAACCUAAACCCGUGGAGUACAGCGAUAGUAGCUUUCUAACUGUAUUGUACUGUACUGUACUUGUUAUCCGGGUUGAUCUGAGCGCAUUGGGAACACGUGGUCAGGCCCCACAUCGUAGCAUGGGACUUCCCAGCCAAGCGUGUGUGGUGCUACCAAAGUACAAGCUCCGUUUGGCCUUUUAAGAUGUCCGGGCAUGCCUUUUUGUGAAGGCGCAAUCUGAAUAUGCUGGUGCUACUACUUGGGAUCUACUACAGUCCUUGAAGUGUUGAACUCUCAGACAUUAUAAAGCCAAGCGAGGAGUGGUAUUACAACAUAUGCAAAUGUGUCAUGAAGGUCAUGUUACAUUGUCACUGAACCGAUCCAGGGGUCGAUCACAGAAACUUGACUGGAUGAAGUUUAGACCACUGUUUUGACGUCUUUGUUUUAAAAAGACCUGUACAUUCUGUAAUAUUCGAGUGUGUGUAUAUAUUGUCUGUCGCAUUCUGAAUCUAUGUAUUUUGGUAUCAUGACAAUUUACGUGGUGCUCACGUAUUAAAACAAUGUGAAAUGACA